AAAACCUUCAAAACGCAGUAGCAAAAGAAGCGUUGAGUUUAUUGGAAGCUAGUUGUAGUUCAUAGAAUCCAUGGCUGCAUCUACCAGUACUUGGUCGAAACCAUGGCUCCUUUCAGCGUGGCAAUUGCUAUUCAUGUUGCUGUUUCCGUCAGUUUUCUCAACCUUCGCCGUCGCUUAUAGACCUGGCGACAUCGUUCCCAUGAGCCGCAUGGGUCAAUACCACUCCUCUAGAACGGUUUGGCACGAUCUCAUUGGCCGCCACUGCCCCAUCUUCGCCGUCAAUCGCGAGGUCUGCUUCUAAGUGGACUUAAAAACUUUGUUAAGAGGUGAUUCUGAUUUUUUUUUUUUUUAAUCUGCUAGAUCAUUUCAAGUUGGAAGAGAAAAGUUCUUAAUCCCAUGGCUUCUGGUUGUAAAUCGGAAAAGUACGGAGGUCCCGAUGAUCGAAGUAGAGCUGAGGUAUUCAGGUAACGAUUUCCAUGGUGUCACUGCAAAAGUUGUGGACAUGCCUCAUCACUAUGUUGAAAUUCAUCCUGAGAUUCGGAAACAAUUCUGGGAUUCGCAGCAUUGGCCAAAGCAUAUACUUGUGAGAUAUACAUGGAAGGAGCAUUCAGAUAUAGAUGUAGCUUCUGGAUUUUACGUUCUGUUUGGUUCAGGGCUCAUGUUAUCUUUCAUCCUCUCAAUCUAUAUAUUGCAAUCAUCACGGGAAAAAUUGGAAAGAUUUGUAAGGGAGACUGUUGUAGAAAGCAACAUGCCUGGUGAGGUGAUAGCCAAAGUUGAAUGAUGGACGAGUGAGUUCCCUUUUUAUCGUUAAUAUAAGGAUGUACAUUGUAAUAUUUUGUUAGUCUCAGGUGUGGGAAAGCAUGUACAAGAACAAAUUUAAAUGUAGGAUAUAAUAGUGAGGUGACUGCUCAAUUUGAUCCAUUUCUUGAGAUAUUUAUCACAUUUUUCACUGGUCGAAAUUUUUUUUAAA